ACGACCUCCCCAGGACGAAGAGGCUUCAGGUCUACAAACCUCCCACCCCAGAGAUGCUGGCAUACCUGGACUUCAGUGUGUCCACCAUGGGCAUCCUGGCUGGAGUCAAGAUGUCCCAUGCUGCCACCAGUGCCUUGUGUCGCUCCAUCAAGCUGCAGUGUGAGCUGUACCCGUCCCGCCAGAUAGCCAUCUGUCUGGACCCCUACUGCGGCCUGGGCUUGGCUCUCUGGUGCCUCAGCAGUGUAUACUCUGGCCACCAGUCGAUCCUGGUUCCUCCUCUAGAGUUGGACAGUAAUGUUUCUCUGUGGUUGUCAGCUGUCAGCCAGUAUAAAGUCAGAAUCACAUUCUGCUCCUACUCGGUCAUGGAGAUGUGUACCAAGGGCCUGGGGACACAGACUGAGACACUACGGUUGCGUAACAUAAACCUGUCGUGUGUUAGGACCUGUAUGGUUGUAGCAGAGGAGCGUCCUCGUAUCACUCUGACCCAGUCCUUCUCUAAGAUCUUUAAAGACCUGGGUUUGUCUCCUCGAGCCGUCAGCACCACGUUCGGCUGCAGGGUCAACAUGGCCGUCUGUCUGCAG